UCUGGUAACCCUGCUACAUUUCGUUGUCAAAAUUUAACAAGGAAGACGCCUGAUGGGGAAGUGUUACUGAAUUUCGUCCCAAUUUUCUUCUCAGUUAUAUAUUUAUACAACUGCGUAUUAUUUUAACUGCCACGACUGUAUCAUGGCUGCUGAAAAAAUAAACGAAGCCCAUGACCACCUAUCCCAAGCUGAAAAGCAUUUAAAGACAAGUUUUAUGAAGUGGAAGCCUGACUAUGAUAGUGCAGCUUCAGAGUAUGCAAAAGCAGCUGUGGCCUUCAAGAAUGCAAAGCAGCUUGAGCAGGCCAAGGACGCGUACCUGAAGGAAGCAGAAGCCCACAGCAACAACAAAGCCCUUUUCCAUGCUGCCAAGGCGCUUGAACAAGCUGGAAUGAUAUUAAAGGACAUGCAGCGGAUCCCUGAGGCAGUUGAGUAUAUCGAGAAAGCCAGCAUGAUGUAUGUAGAAAAUGGCACGCCUGACACUGCUGCGAUGGCAUUGGACAGGGCUGGAAAGCUAAUUGAACCAGUAGAUCUAGAUAAAGCAGUUCAUCUUUACCAGCAUGCAGCGUCUGUGUUUGAGAAUGAAGAUCGACUAAGACAGGCCUCAGAACUGUUAGGAAAAGCUUCAAGACUCCUAGUCCGGCAACGUCGUUUUGAUGAAGCAGCUGUGUCCCUUCAGAAGGAGAAGAAUAUGUACAAGGAAAUAGAAAACUACCCUACAUGCUUUAAGAAAACUAUUGCCCAGGUGCUCGUGCAGCUUCACAGAAAUGACUUCGUGGCUGCAGAUAAAUGCGUGAGAGAGAGUUACAGCAUCCCAGGGUUCAGUGGGAGUGAAGACUGUGCAGCCGUGGAGCAGCUCUUGCAGGGCUAUGAUGAGCAGGAUGAGGAGCAAGUCAGCCGUGUCUGCCACUCCCCUCUGCUCAAGUACAUGGACAACGAUUAUGCCAAGCUGGCAAUCAGCCUGAAGGUGCCAGGGGGUGGGAAGAAAAAGAAAUCUCCCUCUGGUCCUGAAGGACAGGCUGGUGGAGCUCAGGCUGCUGAGGAGGACGACGAGUAUGCAGGGGGCCUGUGUUAACCUCCAGGUGUGGACGCCCCGCAUCCCGGCGUCCGGCUCCACGUCACAUCUAUCCAGACAGCGUUGUGCACUUGCACCAUAACGGCAGAAGCAUGGCAGUGUGGUAAAAUAUAUGUAAGUGCUAUAUGUCAUAAUUUUGAUAGCCCCCUUUUUUGAUUUGCUGCAGUCCCCUUAGUUUAUCCGCCCUUCAGAAUGUUAGAAGGGUCACUUUAUUUCUGUACAAAAAUAAUGUCAUUGAAAAGUCCCAGGUUACAUAAGGAAGAAUAUCGGAGCUGCAAGUUUAUGCAUUGUAUAGUAAUAAUAUGGGUGUAUUUAAAUUAAUAUUUAAACUUGCAAGGAAAUAAUGUGCUCUUGAAGGAGUCAUUCAUACACUUAUACCUGUACAAUGAAAUUGAAAUAGAGUUUUUGUCAAUGGCAGUGUCAUCGAUGGCUGUUACAGUGCUGACGUAAAACAUCUCGAGACCCCAUAUCCUGUAUUUGAAACAUUUCUUAUUAGAACUGGAAAUUAUUUUCAUGUUUACUGUUCUGCUGGUCUUUGUGGUGGAAUGUUAAUUUCCAUCGUUUUUUCUUUCUUUCCAAAUGACAUCACCUGCCCCCCUCUCCCCACCAACACAUUCUUUACUAAACACCAACUUGAUGAAUGACAUUUAUAGCUUGUCUUACUAUGAUUCAUGUAAGGAAUUUGCUGAAAAAGCAUAAAGACACUACAUUAUUUGUAUUUGACUAAAAUCAGAGUUCAGUUAUUUUAAACCUUUUUUUUGGUGUGACUUUGUAGUGUAUUCUGUGCAUUUAAAGGUAAGAUUAAAACACUGUUUCACAGUAUGUGACCUGUGUAUGUACAUUGAAAAUGGAACUGGUCCCUUGUCAGCUUUAUCGCAAAGGUCCCUUCCCUUCACUCUUAGGAUAAUAGUGUCAGAUAAGUGAGUAAACGUUUGCAAGCGCCAUACAAA